AUGAAGGUCGCGGGGGGGACGUCGCGCGUCAUGGUGGUUGCCGGGGGGUCGGGAAUGACUUCUCUCAUGGGAUUCAUCCAGGACUGGGCGGUCGCCGCAAGGGAAGGCGCCGACGUUCCGGAGGUAAACCUGGCCUGGUGCUGCCGGUACAUGUCGGAGAUGGAACUGGUCGGCGAGUGUCUCCCCUCCGUGCUCGCCAGCGCCGGCAGCAAGAAGGACACGCACUUCUCGAUGUCCCUCUACUGCAGCAGCAGCAAGGCUGACAGCAACGAAUCUCUCACCGUCACAUGGCCCCUGGACGCGAACGCCUACGCCCACACUAGCACCCAGGAUAACGUCAUCGGCACCGGCCACGUCGCCGCCAGCCUCAACCACAGCGUUCGCGUUGUCGUGGCGGGUCUCGCCGCUUUCGCGGGAUACAUCCUGGGCUACUGGGAGGUGGACCGACGGGACCUGAUGAACGUGUUCCACGAGGGGGCCAUCAUCUUCGUCCUCAUGGUGAUCUGCAUCAUCAGCUCCCUGAUCGUGUACGAUUGGCUCUUCUUCUUAGUCCGUAAGCACCUCCUCGGCAAGCGUGUGGACAGCGCCGAAGCAUCGCAGGCCGGCGGGCGCUCCGCCAGAGUCGGCGAGGAGUCCAAGAUGGACCUCGAGUCCUCCACCGUGGCCGGCGUCGGCAGCGUCACCUACGACGUCAACCCGGGCCGCGUGCCCACGCAGGCCCUCCUGAUCCGGGAGGCCGAGCUCGCCAAAAAGAGCAACACCUCGUCCGUCAGGGUCCUGACCAGCGGACCCAACUCGCUCGUGGACGGGGUGCUCGCCGAGUCCCGCGCGAUCGACUGGAAGCUCUUCGACACCGAGGCGUUCUCGUUCGAGUUCUAAUUUUGUUUUUCCCCGGCCUUUCUCCCUCCCGUGGUUUAUGUAUUCGGAAAGAUUGUCCCGUCUUUCUCACGUCAGAAGACGCCCAGCUCCUCCGGGUGCUGCGGCGACACUCUUCAAGUAACCUACGCCGGCCGCGCAAUCGAGUGUUUUUGUAUUUAUCGGUCUCGCUUUCUAUAAUUUCGUCGGGUCUUGCGUGACAAGAAGACGCGACCGACCCUCUUGGGGAGAAUCGUUGAGGGCGUGAAGACAAUUAUCGGGCAGGGGGCGGGGGCUGUUGCCUUUAUGAAGCGUGACGAACCAAGGUUUCAUUGAUUGGCAGUUGCAGAUGCCGCCACAAGUUUUUUGUCGUUGUAACAAGUCGUAAUUGUUGUAUAUUUCAUAGUCGUUGCACAGGACGACGACAAGACGGAGU